GCAAUGCUGCAUUCAAUUACAACAGGCAAUGUGUCAGUAACACAAGGAGAGCUCGUGUCAAAUCUUCAACAUGCAGUUUAAUAUUUUUCCGAUGUUUCUCGGCGUGACAUAUUUUGGCGUAUCGACAGCUGAUUUAUCUCCUCCAGUGGUAAACAUCAGUCUGGAUGUGCCUGCAAAUCAGCGCUGGGCUCCACUGAAGAAUUUGUUUGACAUUAAUUUCUUGAGAAAAGCAGCAUCUGAAGUGAUCGACACGACUGUUCCUAAAUGGGUCCAUGAUGCCAUUAAACCUGUAGUGAGAGCGCUGGAGGAGUACAUCCCUCAGCCAUAUGCUGGAGAAAUAAAGGGCAUGGCUUCAAUCUAUGGAUCUGACAUUUCAGAUAUUGUACUUUUAAACUUUGCAUAUGAAGUGUCUGCGUUCUGCACCAGUAUUGUAACUCAGGACACAAAGGGAAAUAUAUACCACGGCAGAAACCUAGAUUACCCCCAUGAUGUACUCAGAAAUCUAACUCUUGACAUUCUUUUCAUAAAAAAUGGAAAGGUAGCAUACAGGGGAACUACUUUUGCUGGUUAUGUUGGGUUGUGGACAGGACAAAGCCCCAACAAGUUUACAGUGUCUGGCAAUGAACGCAAUAAGGGACAUUGGUGGGAGAAUGUAAUCUCAGCCAUUUUGUUAAAAAGUUCUCCAGUUAGCUGGCUAGUGCGAGAGACUCUUGAAAAUGCUGUGGAUUUCCAGGAUGCAGCAAUGAGGCUGGCCAAAGUGCCAAUCAUUACAGAUGUUUAUUACGUUGUGGGUGGCACUCAUCCUGGCGAAGGUGUGGUUAUCACCAGAGACAGGCUAAGAUCAGCUGAUAUCUGGUCCCUGGAUCCACUCAAUGGAAACGGUAUUCCUGGUGGAAACACUACACAAUCCAUGAUACAGCAGAGUAAGAUCCACCAAUCAGAGAACUGCGGGCAACAAAGCACCAAAUAAAUCUUCGUUGACCGCCCAUGAUGCGCUGGGAGUGACGCAAUCUAGUCGGUCUCCCCUACGCUCUCAAACUACUUCUAUAUUUGAAUAUAUUGCAGUAAAAUUAAAAUAUUGUUUCUGUACUUAUCAACAACUUUAGUUUUAUAUUUUCCAUCAUUUAAUUCAAUUACAUCAUUAGCAGUGCUUCAUGGAACUGUAGUUCAUUCCCUCAUUAAAAGUCUUCUACCUUCGUCUUUCUGUCUAAUUGUCAAAUGCUUUAAAUCAAGGUUUGUAAUGUUGUGAUUCACUUUGGAGCUGGUUUGUUUGGUUGAUGGCUUUGCACUCUUUUAUAAAGGAUUUUAUGAACUCUCUAUAAUAGAAAUGAAUGGGAAAAAUACUUCUGGAACCAAGAUGGCUGAAAUUAAUCUGACGUCACACAGGCAGUUGAGCUUCCGGGUUCUUUCUGCUACAAAUUUCAAUGGUGGAUAUGAGCAGUGCUGCAGUUUUAAUAAUCUUUUAAGCAUUAUGUAAUGUAUUAACGUUUGUAGAUGUUGUUAAAAAGGGAUAUCUAUGGUUUACAGAGAAGAAAUUGAGGUUCUUUCUGAAUAAUCUGAAAAACCAGUUUUAACUUGAUUCAAUUUGCCUGUUUGAAACAGGUUUAUGAAUACACAUCAUUACACGCUUAACACACUUCUAAAACCUAAGAAAUAUGGCAUAUACAAAUAAAAACUAUGCAUCUA